AUGUCCUCUUGUAACAACUCCAUUCCCCAGCCAGAGGUGUUUUUAUUAGCUGGGAUUCCAGGACUAGAAUCAUAUCAUAGCUGGUUCUCCCUGCCCUUCUUCUUAGUCUUCAUCAUUGCUCUUACUGGCAACAUCACCAUCAUAUUCAUCAUCCACACAGAGAAGAGUCUCCAUGAGCCCAUGUUUCUACUGCUGGCUAUGUUGUCAGUUGUUGACCUGUCCUUAGUUAGUGCAACUGUGCCCCGCAUGUUAGGCAUCUUCUGGCUAGAUGCAAAAGAGAUCAGAAUUGAUGGAUGUCUUACCCAGAUGUUCUUCAUCCCAUCUUUCUAUGUUAUGGAGUCUGGUAUUCUUUUGGCUAUGGCUUUUGAUCGCUUCAUAGCCAUUUGCAAUCCAUUGAGAUACACCACAAUCCUAGCCAAUAAUUCACUGGUAAAAAUGGGCCUGGCAGUAAUAGGAAGGACUAUUGUUGUGCUCACUCCAGCCCCUAUCUUAGCCAAAAGGCUGACCAGCUUCCGAACCAACAUUAUUCCCUACUCCUAUUGUGCCUACAUGGCUAUGGUACAGAUUGCUUGUGGGGACAUCUCUAAUUACAUUGUCUACGGUCUCAUGGUCAUUGUGACUUCCAUUGGUAUUGACUUGCUCUUUAUAAGCCUCUCUUACGGGAUGAUUCUUCGAGCUGUUUUCCGGAUCCCUUCCUGGGAGGCACGGCAUAAGGCCCUGAGUACCUGUGGUUCCCAUCUCUGUGUAAUUGCCCUUUUUUAUUCUCCUGUUGUCUUUUCUUUUUUGGCUCAAACAAUUGGAUAUCAAAUGCCCCCCCACUUCCAGAUUAUUGUAGACAAUCUCUACUUCCUGGUGCCUCCCAUGAUUAAUCCUUUGAUCUAUGGAGCCAGAACCAAGCAGAUUAGGGAACGUGUUCUCCAAGUACUGGGUUGCCACUCAAAAUAA